AAAAAUUGGCUGUAUGAAUCAUAAGUUAAAUGAAGAUUGUGAUGGCGAAGUGUCAAGCAGUUCAAAAAGUCAGCCAGAUGAUAGUGAUGAUGAGGACUUUAAGGCUGAUGGGUUUGAUGAUGAAGAUGAUGUUGUUGUACAGACGGUUGGUAGAAGUAUAAAAAGCAAGAGGGGGAGACCAAAGGCCACGAAGAAGAAAGAGUGUGUGACAACAAAAAGGAGAGCGGUUGUGGAGAAAGUCACCCUACGCACGGGAGUGUUCAAGGAUAGUAGUUUCUCUAAGGGCGGUCAAGUGAAGGAAGUCCGUCAGGUCUUGAAAGUUCUCCACCGCGAAUACAAUGGACGAGUAAGUAAUUUAAUAUGUUAUUAAACUAGUACCCUA